AUGUUUGCCACCGAUACUAAUCAUAAUAAUAAGUCACAUGAAGUAAAUAAGUUGAAGAAGGAUUCGAAUCAAAACUCAUCGAUUAACAAUCGAUGGUUGCCAUGUCAUGAAGAUCAUAUUUUAGUAAAUACAUCUAUUGAUUCACACCAAAUAAAUAUAUCAUCAUCAUCAUCAUCAUCAUCAUCAUCAUCAUCAUCAUCAUCAUCAUCAUCAUCAUCAUCAUCAUCAUCAUCAUCAUCAUCAUCAUCAUCAUCAUCAUCAUCAUCAUCAUCAUCAUCAUCAUCAUCAUCAUCAUCAUCAUCAUCAUCAUCAUCAUCAUCAUCAUCAUCAUCAUCAUCAUCAUCAUCAUCAUCAUCAUCAUCAUCAUCAUCAUCAUCAUCAUCAUCAUCAUCAUCAUCAUCAUCAUCAUCAUCAUCAUCAUCAUCAUCAUCAUCAUCAUCAUCAUCAUCAUCAUCAUCAUCAUCAUCAUCAUCAUCAUCAUCAUCAUCAUCAUCAUCAUCAUCAUCAUCAUCAUCAUCAUCAUCAUCAUCAUCAUCAUCAUCAUCAUCAUCAUCAUCAUCAUCAUCAUCAUCAUCAUCAUCAUCAUCAUCAUCAUCAUCAUCAUCAUCAUCAUCAUCAUCAUCAUCAUCAUCAUCAUCAUCAUCAUCAUCAUCAUCAUCAUCAUCAUCAUCAUCAUCAUCAUCAUCAUCAUCAUCAUCAUCAUCAUCAUCAUCAUCAUCAUCAUCAUCAUCAUCAUCAUCAUCAUCAUCAUCAUCAUCAUCAUCAUCAUCAUCAUCAUCAUCAUCAUCAUCAUCAUCAUCAUCAUCAUCAUCAUCAUCAUCAUCAUCAUCAUCAUCAUCAUCAUCAUCAUCAUCAUCAUCAUCAUCAUCAUCAUCAUCAUCAUCAUCAUCAUCAUCAUCAUCAUCAUCAUCAUCAUCAUCAUCAUCAUCAUCAUCAUCAUCAUCAUCAUCAUCAUCAUCAUCAUCAUCAUCAUCAUCAUCAUCAUCAUCAUCAUCAUCAUCAUCAUCAUCAUCAUCAUCAUCAUCAUCAUCAUCAUCAUCAUCAUCAUCAUCAUCAUCAUCAUCAUCAUCAUCAUCAUCAUCAUCAUCAUCAUCAUCAUCAUCAUCAUCAUCAUCAUCAUCAUCAUCAUCAUCAUCAUCAUCAUCAUCAUCAUCAUCAUCAUCAUCAUCAUCAUCAUCAUCAUCAUCAUCAUCAUCAUCAUCAUCAUCAUCAUCAUCAUCAUCAUCAUCAUCAUCAUCAUCAUCAUCAUCAUCAUCAUCAUCAUCAUCAUCAUCAUCAUCAUCAUCAUCAUCAUCAUCAUCAUCAUCAUCAUCAUCAUCAUCAUCAUCAUCAUCAUCAUCAUCAUCAUCAUCAUCAUCAUCAUCAUCAUCAUCAUCAUCAUCAUCAUCAUCAUCAUCAUCAUCAUCAUCAUCAUCAUCAUCAUCAUCAUCAUCAUCAUCAUCAUCAUCAUCAUCAUCAUCAUCAUCAUCAUCAUCAUCAUCAUCAUCAUCAUCAUCAUCAUCAUCAUCAUCAUCAUCAUCAUCAUCAUCAUCAUCAUCAUCAUCAUCAUCAUCAUCAUCAUCAUCAUCAUCAUCAUCAUCAUCAUCAUCAUCAUCAUCAUCAUCAUCAUCAUCAUCAUCAUCAUCAUCAUCAUCAUCAUCAUCAUCAUCAUCAUCAUCAUCAUCAUCAUCAUCAUCAUCAUCAUCAUCAUCAUCAUCAUCAUCAUCAUCAUCAUCAUCAUCAUCAUCGUGUUGCGUAUGGGAAAAUGUCUAG